UGGGAGGAGGAAAGUAAUGGCUGACCCCACCGGUGCCGAGGAUUAUCGAAACAAGGCAGAGAUCGGAGUCUAGUCCAUUUUCAAAGAUAAUAAAACAAUCAUGAUGCGUUGGAUACAUUUAGCGCUUCUCCUGAUUGCGCGUCCUUGCUUUUCAGACGAUGGGCAUGAAAUGGAGGAGUUUCUCAAGAGAGAGUACUCUCUUUCCAAACCAUACCAAGGUAUUGGAUCAUCCGGCUCUUCUCACUGGGAACUGAUGGGAGAUGCUAUGGUAACAAUCGACCAGGUGCGGCUUACACCGGACAUGCAAAGCAAACAGGGGGCGGUGUGGAGCCGUAUGCCUUGCCAUCUCAAGGAUUGGGAGCUCCAAGUACACUUCAAAAUCCACGGCCAGGGCAAAAAGAACCUCAAUGGUGAUGGCCUGGCCAUUUGGUAUACUAAAGAACGCAUGGAGCCAGGCCCUGUGUUUGGCAAUCAAGAUAACUUCACAGGUCUUGGGGUAUUUGUUGACACAUACCCAAAUGAGGAGAAGUACCUGGAGGCACAGAAGAAGAGGUACACCCCUCGCUCCGAGCGUAUUUUCCCAUAUGUUAUUGCAAUGAUUGGGAAUGGGACCAUAAGUUAUGACCACGAUAGGGAUGGACGACCCACAGAGCUAGGUGGCUGCAACGCGAUGGUGCGCAACCUCAAACAUGACACCUUCCUCUUCAUCAGAUAUGUACGCCGCAGGCUAACGGUCAUGAUUGAUAUUGAUGGCCAGCAUGAAUGGAGGGACUGUCUGGACAUCCCUGGCGUGCGGCUGCCAGAGGGCUACUACUUUGGGGCAUCAGCUCUCACUGGAGACCUCUCAGACAACCAUGACCUGAUUUCCUUGAAGCUCUAUCAGCUGACAGUUCUACGCAGCAAACUGGAGGAGGAAGAGGAGGAGGAAGAGAUCAAGGUCCCUAGUGUGGACAACGUGGACCUCCUGAGACCCUACACCACUAAUGAAGGCAUGAGUGGGGUAGCCAUCUUCUUCACUGCCCUCUUCUCCAUGCUGGGCCUCUUUCUCCUAAUUGUGGUGGGCCUGGUUCUCUAUAGCCACUGGUCGGAGAGCCGGCGAAAGCGGUUUUAUUGAGGGAGGUUCUACAGGGAAGGACCAGACCUCUCUUUAUCAGAACCCAAUUUUUAAAAACACAGAAGCGCUACAGAUUGGAAGGAAAUGAAACCCUCUUGGAAUGCUUCCAUCACAGUAACAUCUCUGAAAUCCCACCGCUGACCCCAAGAAAUGGACCAAAGGUCACUUUUUUACCUCUGCAAAAGACACUGACACAUGCCCUUCUAUCAAAAAAAACACUUUGAUGACCUGACGUUUCUCAACUGGUCCCCUUCACUCUCGUGAAGUUGUCUGGUUAUCAACCUGAUGACACUAAAAGGUAGUUUGCAGGUGAUUGUUUUUCCGUCUUCCUGCAGUUCUUGGUACUGAUUUUAAUUAUAAGAGUGGCAGUGUGGCUGAAUUGUUUAGUGAGAGACCAAUUUGAGGUCUUGCCAGAUGUGUUUUCUAAAAAAUGGUGUGGCAGUGUUAUUGAGUACACUGAAGGGCAACUCAGCUCUGUAUUGCACUGAAAAGCUGAAAUUCCAUCUUUGCCAUGUUUUAGCUCAUGCACUGCAAUGAAAGCUCUAAAAUAUUGCACUGAAUGGGCUGAACUUAGUAUGCUAUUAGUGUACAAGGGCCUCCUACUAAAGCCGUGACAUUUACCAUGAUACAGUUAUGCUGGUAAGUUUACACACAUCCAUGCUAAAGUUGACUAAAAAGAGGAAUAAAAAAAUGAUCUUUUGGAAAUUGAUCUUAAUGCCUUAAGAAAAAAAAUGAGGAAAUAUCCAACCUUUAAGGACACCAAUUUUCUUUGAAUUAGAUUUUCUGUGAAUGAAUAAUGUAUCGCAAAUAAAUAAAUGUCCUUCCUUAAAAUACAGGUUAAUAGUAUAAGUAUACACGCCCCUAUGGUAAAUUCUCAUAGAGCCAGGCAGAUUUUUAUUUUUGAAGGUUAUUGUUACAGUUAUUUCAUGGAUCCAGGAUACUAUGCAUCCUGAUAAAGUUCCCUUGGCCUUUGGAAUUAAAAUACCCCCACACUUCCCCCCCAUAUAUUUUAAUUAAGCCAUUAAGAUCAAUUUCCAAAAGAUGAUUUUUUAAUUCCUCUUGUUAGUCAACUUUAGCAUGGGUGUGUAAAGCACAACUGUAAGUCAUCCUGAAGAAUCAUUGGGAAUGUUGUAGUCCUUUUGAAGACAAUUGCUCCCUUGUUUUGCCUUUUCAUUUUGUGUUAUUUAUUAUGCAACAGAUGCUUAUGAAAUUGAAUGUGAUUGUGCAUGAAGAUCCAGAUUUUUAACAAUAUUUCAUAGAUACCAAACAGACCAAGUAAAUAAUUGUGUGUGACUGUAUGAGUGAGCACUGAAAAAAAGGAAUAUACUUUUAAUUUUGAGUAUGAAUUAUAUGAUACUGAGCUAAUCUGCACAGAGAAUAUAUUGUCUUAUGUAGUAAGCUGUUCAUAAGUGACCUUCAUUCUGCCUUCAUUGCAAGUAAUAUUACUGAUCUUUUUUUUUAAUAUAUAUUAUGGCUCUAUGAAUUUGUUUUCUGUAGCCUACAUCACAAGCCUCAUGGAGAAGGGUUCAGGAGUCUAUCUGAGGGUUUAGGUCUCAUCCUUGAGGAUUUAUGCCAGUCACUUUCUGUUUUCUGUUUGUCUUCUAGAAUAUUUUCUCUAAAAAGUCUGCCUAUCUUGGUACAAGUCUGAUGCUGUAAUUUGUCAAAUGAUGCUGUAGGCUACUGAAUGGAGAGGAUUGUGAGAUAGUGUCCAACAAGGCUGGAGGAAACAUUUGAGAGAUAAAUCAUGUCUUUGGUCACUGCACAUAUUGUUUACAAGCCUUAUAUUUAUGUUUAUUUAUUUAUUGGUGUAUUUAUUUAAAUUCAUCUACAUUUAUGUGUGCCUGUGUGAUGUAUUUAUCCUAUUGCCAUCAACAAUUUCCCUAA